AUGGCCACUUUUGCAAUCGAUGGAAGUGCCAUCUGACGUGGCAGUAAACAAAAAUUCUCAUUUCAGCGGUGAAAGAAAACAUUUUAACAUCUCUCUCUAUAAAAAAAAAAAAAAUUAUUUCUAACAAGAACAUCAAUUAAAUUAUCGUUUUUGUCUUUAUUUUUAUUAUAUUUUAAAUCGUCCACGUGUUAAUCAGUGAUAUUGAUGGGAGUCCCGUCUUCCGCUGUCUUUUUUUGUGAAAUAGUGUAUUUUUAUAUAUAUAAAUAAGGAGAAAAAAAAGUGUCCACAGUGGCAAAAUCACGUCUCGGAUAAAUAUUGAAAUUCAUAUAUAAUCGAAACGUUAUAAAUAUCUGUUUCAAUUAUUAGAUAAAAAGAAAAAUAUGCAACAAAUUUAUUUUUUCCUUGGAAUCCUGGCCGUUGGCCUUCUUCCAUUCAUUUGUGCUGAUGAGCACAACCACAUUUACGAAGAUAAUGAAGAAGUAAUAUUAUGGAUGAGCACAAUUGGACCUUAUCACAAUAGACAAGAGACUUAUUCUUAUUCUUCGUUACCUUUUUGCAGAGGUUCAAAGCGUGUUAUUAAUCAUUAUCAUGAGACACUGUCUGAAGCCUUGCAAGGCAUUGACUUGGAAUUUAGCGGUUUAGAUAUUGAAUAUAAAGCUGAUAUCUCAAAAACGGAAUACUGUAGAAUUAUUCUAACCGAAGAGAAUUUAAAACUAUUUAUAUAUGUUGUGAAAAAUCAGUAUUCAUAUGAAAUGUAUAUCGAUAAUUUGCCCAUUCGAGGGGUAGUUGGUACUCAAGAAGAGAAGGAUGGAGUAACUUCGUAUUAUAUGUAUACACACAAAAGGUUCGAUAUUGGCUACAAUGGAAAGCAAAUUGUGGACGUUAAUUUAACAACCGAUGGCCAAGUGAAAUUGACUCCCGGUGCCCACUUUAUGUUUACAUACGAAGUGAAUUGGAAAAAGAGUACGACCAUUUUCGAAGAUCGAUUUGACAAGUAUCUGGAUCCUAAUUUCUUCCAACACAGAAUCCAUUGGUUCAGUAUAUUUAACAGUUUUAUGAUGGUAAUUUUCCUGGUGGGACUUGUUUCGAUGAUUUUAAUGCGAACAUUGAGAAAAGAUUAUGCAAGGUACAGUAAAGACGAGGAUAUGGAUGAUAUGGAAAAAGAUUUAGGCGACGAAUACGGAUGGAAACAAGUUCACGGUGAUGUUUUUCGACCGGCAAGCCAUCCAAUGUUGUUUUCCGCUUUUAUUGGCGCAGGUUAUCAGAUAACAGUUGUCGUAUUCAGUGUGAUUGUUUUCGCUAUUCUUGGUGAAUUAUACACGGAACGUGGAUCAAUGCUAUCGACGGCAAUAUUUGUUUAUGCAGCGACAUCGCCAAUAAAUGGUUACACCGGUGGCGGUUUAUAUGCACGAAUGGGUGGACGAAUUUGGAUUAAACAAAUGUUGCUUAGCGCAUUUUUGAUACCCGCACUUGUAUGUGGCACGGCAUUCUUUAUUAAUUUCAUUGCCAUGUAUUAUCACGCGAGUCGUGCAAUUCCCUUUGGCUCAAUGGUGGCAGUCACCUGUAUUUGCAUUUUUGUCAUUCUUCCAUUGACAUUGGUGGGCACAAUAUUGGGAAGAAAUCUCGCCGGUACACCGGAUGCGCCUUGUCGCGUUAAUGCAGUGCCAAGGCCAAUUCCAGAGAAAAAAUGGUUUAUGGAACCAUUAGUGAUUAUUAUGCUUGGUGGAAUUCUACCGUUUGGCUCAAUUUUUAUUGAAAUGUACUUCAUCUUUACGUCAUUUUGGGCGUAUAAAAUCUAUUACGUUUAUGGUUUCAUGCUUCUAGUAUUCAUUAUUCUUAUCAUUGUCACAGUGUGUGUUACAAUUGUCUGCACUUAUUUUUUGCUGAAUGCCGAAGACUACAGAUGGCAAUGGACAAGUUUCUUAGCAGCAGCUUCCACAUCGGGAUACGUUUAUCUCUAUUCAUUUUACUAUUUCUUCUUUAAAACGAAAAUGUACGGACUCUUCCAAACAGCAUUCUAUUUUGGAUAUAUGGCACUAUUCAGUAUGGCUUUGGGCAUUAUGUGCGGAACCGUUGGUUAUAUUGGUACCAAUACAUUUGUUCGCACGAUAUAUUCGACUGUUAAGAUAGAUUAAGCGUUCGAAUUUUUAUCAAAGUGUGUAAUAAUUAUUGCACACUUUUUAAAAUGAUACUUAUUCGCGUCAUUGUGACGUUCAUCUUUCUUAUCUCUCACGGGGAUUGUAAAAAAAUCCUCGAUGAAAGAAACGAAGAUUUUUUUUGAUUCGUGUUAUAUAGUUAUUUUUUGUAUAUUAUUAACGACAUAUUAAAUUUCGAGAAAAAAAAGGGACAAUUAGUUUCUCUCACUUACUCUCUCUCUUAAAUAAAAAAAUAAAAAAAAAAAAAAAAAAAACAGCAUUAAUAACUAGUCAUUAAAACAGAAUUUCAAAAAGAAAUUUAAAAAGUCGUUAAAAUUUUACUAAAAUAACCAAUAUAAACGAAAAUCAUCCAAGCUGUACAGUGUUUAAUACUUUAGUGAUUCAUAAGAUUUCGAUAAAUAAUCAUUAGGAAUUCCUUCCAAAAAAAAGAGAUGAAAAAAAAAAAUGGAAAAAAGAAGGAAAGAAAGAAUGUGUAAUCGUGAAAAUUUUGAAAUUGCUUGACGCAGUUAACAAAAAAUGUGAAAGAAGGGAGCUUUUUAAAUACAAAAAAAAAAAAAAAUGUGGUCGCGCAAAAUAUCAACUAUUAUAUAUACAAGAUAAAAACAAAUUAUAUGUAUAGAAUGGUCUUGUGUGUGUUUACGUAAACCUCUUGGUUUAUUUAAAUUGUCAAAACGCUGCCUUGUUUGUGAAUUCUGUUCUGUCAUGACAUGUAAAAGCAAAUGAAAUGACGUGGAUCUUGCAAAUUCGAUUUAAUAAUAAUAAUAUCGAAUGUCAGAAUUGAAAAGGUUACUAUAUUUAUGAGUAUUGUGAAGCUGAAUGGAAAGAAUGGUAUAAUAAAUAAUUUAUUACAAAA